GUGAUCAGUUGAAAUGAAAACACCAGCGGUACAAAACAAUGGCCACAGGAUUGCAGCAGAGUCAAGCAGAAACGCUUGGCUCAAGCUGCUUUCCUGCGGCUCGGGGUGCUACGGAUAUCCAAACGCACCGAUGCCAACCUGACGUUUGUGACAAUCGAUCAUUUGAAACGGAAACAAGAAAAGAUGAAGGACAACUCUCACAUCAAGAAAAGAAAACUGCCUCCUGCCGCAAAGCAUCUAAACAUGGCUGUAACCGAAGAACGCACCACCGAUCGCACAAGGAAUAUCUGGUGUUGAAAUUUGUAGUGAACCACGACCUACUCCCACUCACUUACUGCAUAUUAGUAAUGGUAGUACUUGCUGUUUCAGCCGAAAACGCUGAUGGAAUACAACCAAUUCAAAUUGAAAACGGAAUGCUGACGCUCACGGUGCCACACAACAAUGGUCUGACGCGAAUGAUAAGACUUCGCUCUACAUGCACGGAGAGAGUUACACGUGCUGCUUUGGAUGAAACCUGGCCCAUUGACCCCUCGUGGAGCUUCACGCCACUAGUGUUCGAGUCACCUAUGAAUUCAAUCAAUGGUUCCGGAGACAUCCAAGUCUAUGUUGACAACGAGGAGGUAGCAACAGCCAGAUUCAAUGUGAAUAAUGACACCAUGUGGAGAACGAGAAGGAGACGGAAUGGACAGUCGGAUGAACUAUGCUGUACUGGUCUGGCAAACCCGUGGAGGCAGCUACGUUUGAUUCAACCAAAGUUUCUGGUAUUUCACAUUACUCGACUCGAAGGCGUCGUGCACACACUGAUGGAUUCCUUGGCUAGGGAGUACAGCAGGAAUCGUGACACAUCGGUCGCUACAUGCCUUGUGGAGGGUAUGGCACUUAUCCAAGAUCUCACCACCAGAAUUUCCAGGUCUGACUGCCCAAGGCCAGCCGAGCGGGAAGUGAUUCAAGAAACCAAGUCUGAAGACAAGAAGAAGACAUUUCCCCACAAGCAUGUUGCAAACCUAUGGAGCCUUCUCCUUGAUGGCACCGCUGCCUCUCUCAACAUGAGUUAUUAGCAUACUUGUCCCAAUGAUCUUCGACACUAGAUGAGCUGAUAUGCCUGGCUGGAUGUGUUAAUCACCAUGGAUAUGAAUACCUUCAUGCUCCUCUUAGAACUAUGCACAUUGAAUUAUGCUUAUUGCAAAAAUUGCAUAGAUCCUGAAAGUUUAAAAAUAUUCAAAAAGUGUUUUGAUGCGGUGCUCUGGUCACUACAUAAUUUAUACACACUUGCUAUGUUUUCAAGGUGGAUAAAUCAAUCAAAUAGUUAA